AUGGUCAAACGGAUCGAAGUCAAAAUUAUAAAUGUUACAGAAGACCAGCCGAUGUUGAGUAAUUUGACUCAACGAUGGCAUCAAAGCGAACAUCGUUGGGAGUUUGUGCUAUUGAAGCGGUGAGUGAUAUUGUUAUAGUAUGGUUGCUAAAAAUAAAAACUUUUGUUAAUUUUUUAAUUCAACAAGGUAGACCAUUUUCAAAAAAGUUCAAAGGAUUUUUUUGGGUUGGGGAGGGGCCGGGAAGAAUAUACAAAAAGACGUUUUAAUCUAGUAUAUUGUAGUAUUCAAGUUAGUAAAAGACAUAAUUCUUAUUUUUUUCAGUUUCACCCAAAUUUUUGUGUUAUGUUUAGUAGCCGUAUCCUUGUUUGAAACGUUUUAUUGGAAGAAGAGAACAGUUAUGUUGUACGAUGAAAAAAGAGAUGUUACUGAUUACUGUGAUGGUGAAUUAGUGAGUUUUUGAAAUUAAUGCAUUUGAAAGAAUUUUUUAUUUUUUUCAUAGCUAGUUUAUGCCAUAGAAGGCUCAUUAGUAUGGCUCUCAGUAGUCUAGUAACUCGAUAGUGUGACACCUUAAUGAUAAGGACAGCUUUGAACCAGUCCUUUGAGUCUCAUACUAGAGAGGUUUGACUGUAUUCAAAUAAAAAUUUUUUUUGAUUGUAUGCAUAUUAACAUUCUGUUUUAAUUUACUUUACAAUUAGAUGAGAUACUACCACAAAUCAAAAAUCAAAGGCGAUUACUACGAACAGAAAGGAUUACUCUUCAGUUGCAGUCUGAUGCCCUAUCUGAAAAAGUUCAAACUAACUGAAAAUGAUCCGAUUCGAGAGGAAAAGGUAUGUUCUUUAACCUUGUCCUAAACAUGUUUGCCAUUGUUAAAUAACUACUUGUUUUACCAAAAUACUUCGUAAAAAAAGUAAAUCAAAGUUUUUUUAAAUUUCAAUAACUUUAAGAAAAAUUUUGGUAAAAUACGGGUUGGGCUUGACUACGUCUUAAGUGUUAUAAAAUAAUGACUUUUAUCUUUUUUAAAGCAAAAUAAUAAUUUUUACCAAAAAAUAUAAUUUUUAGCCAAACUUCCCUCAAGACACAGCAAUUGUGAUAGGCACCGACGCCACUUAUUGGCCAUCGUCUAAAGCCGUGAUCUCUCAAAUCAGAAAACACUUUGGUAACCGAACCAAAAUCAUUGUUUAUGACAUUGGAAAUCUAGCUGAAAACUUUGUAAGUUGAUACAUCUUACCUUACCUUACCCACCCUACCAUACCCUACCCUAUGCCCUACUACUUUACUCUACCUUCCCACACACUACCCUUUUUUUGUUUCAUUUAGAAAGCAGAAAUUGAUGGAAUUUGUAACUUGGAUUAUCGAUAUUUCAAUUUUAAAACGUUACCUUCAAAAGUCAGAAACUUGAAGACAUUCUCAUGGAAGAUAUUCAUCUUGGCCGUAAGUUUCUUACCGAAAAAAUCAAUAAUUUUAUCAUAUUUUGUCUAUACCAUCCAACUAAACCUAUUUAACAAUUAUUAGAUGGUUCAAAUAAUUCUGUGCUCCUUGAGCACGGUAAUUGGCUUUGAAAAAAGGCACAGAGUUAUUUGGACAGCGAAAUAUAAUAUAAUACUAAUUCCAACUACAAUACUAUAGGAAGUCUUUCGUGAAUACAACAACAUAAUGUACAUGGACUCCUCCAUCUUCAUUCAAACCGACGAAUUCGAAGUGUUUUUUGAAAUGAUGCACGAAAAGACGUUAACCCCAAUCCAGUUAAGUGGCUACACAGGCCACGGCUUGAGAUAUGCUACUCAUUCCAACAUGUACAACUACUUCCCAUUGGAUAAGAACGUCAAUAAGCAAGCCUGGAUGAUGGAAGCCAAUAUGAUUUUGAUGCAGCGGUCAGAAGAGACUAGGAAACUCUUGAAGUGGGCUGUGCUAUGUGCUGUUGUGGAGGAUUGUAUCAAUCCUUACAGUAAGUUCUAUUGUCUUAGGCUACAAAGAUAAUCGGUAGGGUAAGAUAAGAUAAGGUGGAGCGGAGUAGAGUAGGGUAGGUUAGGGUAAAGUAAGGCAUUUUCCGUUUCAUCCAAAUGAGCACCGAAGGUACCAAUUUCGACAUUCCACCGUUUUAGAUGCCGAGUUAUAUUGUCCACCGCACGACGAUGGAACCCGUGAAGGUGCAUGUCAUAGGCAAGACCAAAGUCUUCUCAACGUGUUACUUUACAACUUGGAAUAUGAAAUGAUGUUUAAUGGUAAGAUUUUCACUUUUAAAACCUUUCAUUAAGUCUAUAUUAAACUAAUUCAAACAAAAAAUAAGGGUUUAUCUAGGCUAUAUUGUCCACCAAUGUCUACUAUAAUAUAAUAUUACUUUUACUAUAAAAUAAUAUUAUUUGGACAGUAAAUGUUAUCUUUGAUUGAAAAACACAAUACCUGAUAUUUAGGCAUUCGAGUAGUACCUCAUAUGAGAAAAGAUCAUCCCAAAAACACUCGGCAGAGGCAUGAAACACGCCGACUUCAGUUUACUAAUGAAGACAUUGCACAAUGUAAAAACGUCUAA